AUGCGAGACACACGCAGCGCCGCUGAGCCCAGUCUGGACCCGGUGGACAAGCGCCGAAGCGGAAGCGACGCCAGCGCCAUCGCAGAGGACGCAGCGCCAGCAGACAAGCAGGAGGACGCCUCGCACGUAGAGGCCGAGAUCGAGCCGGAAGAGGCGAGCGACGAGACUGGAACGUCGAAGGAAAAGACGGCGGCUGACGAGCCAACCGAGCAGCCUGUGGAAGCCGUUGACGCCGCUGAGGUUGAGCUGGAGGAGAAGCCGACGACUGCCAAGACGCAGGACGAGCCGGAGCUCGAGACGCCGAGUGACGACUCGUGGAAGAACGAGGAGAAGGAAAAGCAAGAGCAGCAGCAGCAGAAGCGGACGCUACCCACGCGCCCUGCUACUGCCAGAAGUGCCGAGUCGGGCUCAGUCGUGCGCCGGCCGUUUGUCCCGUUGGCGUCCAAGAGCUGGCGCGUGCGAGCCAUGGAGUCCAACACGCAGAUCACUCGUCUUAUGAAGGCGGCGUUGCUGCAGACGCUGCUGCACGCUAUCCGCACUGGGUCGGUGGAAGGUGUGAAGGUCGCCAUUGAGCGUGGAGUGCAGGUGCAGUACCUGGACAACCGCCAGCGCAACCUCGUCAUGCUGGCCAGCAAGUGCGACACCGAUGCUCGUCUGCACAUUGCGAUUAUUCUGCUGGACGCCGGAUGUGAUAUGAACCACAAGGACCAGCUAGGCUGGAGCUGUCUGCAUUAUGCUUGUGCUAGCGGAGCCGAUGAUGUGGCUGCGGAACUCAUUCGACGUGGAGCUCGCGUCGAGUUCAACCCGUACGGAUACGGCCCCGAAGACUUCAACAUCCCCAAGGUGGCACGUGCGAAAAGCCUGCUGCAGCACACGGAGCAGCUGCAGCACGAGCAAAAUGUUUGUGCAGCCUGGGCCUUCUUCCGUCGCCAGGCGGAGAAGACGGGCUACAGUGUCAAGUGCAAAUCGAACUGCGAUCUUGGCAAGCCCCUCAAGAUUACGUUCCAGGCCCCUCCUGGUCACAGUCCGCUUGACCGCAUCCGCGUGGUCGACAUGAACUCCGAUGUGGCACUGUGGCUUCAAGUGUCCAAGACUUUCAGCAUCCCUCCUGGCGAUGUGGGCACAAUUACGCUGGACGUAGAGACACUGGACCGACCAUCACUGUAUCGUAUCGUUUACGAGAAAUACGAGCCGACGCCAAUUCAGCUGCCAACCUCGGUGGCUGAAAGCAACUUGUGCGUCAAGAACCUUGACACGGGAACCACUGUCUCGAUGGGAAGUGUCAACAACUUGGUUCUGAAAGAACUUAAGAGCUCACGGUCGUCGAAGAAGUCCAAGAAACUGUCGAGCUCUGCCAGGCCAGCACCGAAGUCGGAUAAACCUUCAACGGUUGUUCGGAGAGGAUCUACUACCCGAGCUCGGGAGAUCACUGAAAGCGUGUGUGAAGCCACUGUGGAGGAGGAAUAUGAAGGAGAAGAAGCUGAGUUUUCAGCUGAUGAGACGAUUACUACCCACGAAGUCGCCGAGCACCCAGCCGUCACGAGUAUCACGGGUGUGUACAAGAUUGUGGCAAUGGGAGUCGUUAGUGUUUCGACACUGAGGACUGCCAAGGCUAACGAGUAUGAGAUUUCCAUUAGUCGCAAGGGCCCUCUUGGACUUCAGCUGGCGCCCAAGCUUGACGGCUCCAAGAGAUCGCCGCGUCUCAUUGUGCGACGUAGUCAGGGCCAAGCUGCAGCUGUGAACCCGGGCGAUUGCCUUGUUGCGAUUGGCAACGCGAACAUCGAGCACGCGGGUCUGAAGCACACGCUGUGGGCGCUGAACGAUGCGAAGCGCCCACUUGUGCUGCGCUUCCGACGUGGCAACGCCAAGGAAAAGAGGAGUCUAUUCAAGGCAGGUCUGUCCAAGCUCACAGGACCUCGUAGACAGCCUGUCAUCGCGGUGUAAACCUGUGGUAGGAACAGCUUUUUAUUUUUUUAUUUUUGAUAGGAUGAACAUGAGGUCGAAAGCAUGAACCUGAGAAUCAAUGAAGCGGUCAAGGUGAAGCUUAC